AUGGUGUCUCCGGUGGAAAAUUGGCUGGCCGGAGUUUCGCCGGCUCAGUCGGCAUCCAUGCGGUCCUUGUACCCGCUCAUGGUGACCUUGCUGACCCAGCAGAGAGCCGGCAGAAGCGCACUGGACAACGCUGCAGGGUCACCCGUCACAGACAUGGUUUCGCCUCUGCCCACCUACGAUUACGUUGUCGUUGGAGGUGGGUCCGGAGGAUCCGUCGUGGCCUCCCGGCUGUCGGAGGAUCCCAACGUGAACGUGCUGCUGCUCGAGGCCGGCGUCAACGACAUCGACGAGCCCCUUUCCGAGCUGCCCAUCAUGGUCCAGUUCCUGCAGAGGAGCAAGAUCGACUGGCAGUUCCGGACAGAGCCGGAAGACGGCGUCUGUCAGAACAUGGUAGACAAGCGCUGCAAGUGGCCCAGAGGCAAGGUGCUGGGAGGAUCCUCUGUCCUCAACUACAUGAUCUACGUGCGCGGCAACCGCAAGGACUACGACCACUGGGCUGCUCUGGGCAACACUGGCUGGGACUACGAGUCCGUGCUUCCCUACUUUCUCAAGUCCGAGGACAACCGCAACAAGUACAAGGCAGCAGACACCAAGUACCACGCACAGGGAGGAUACCUCACGGUUUCGGACCCGGCGCACAAAUCCCCCCUAACUCUCUCCUUCAUGGCAUCGGCUGCUGAAAUGGGCUACAAGAUCCGGGACAUCAAUGGCCAGAACCAGACGGGAUUCAUGCUGGUCCAGUCCAACAUCCGCAAUGGACGGAGGCUCAACAUGGCCAAAGCCUUCUUGAGGCCCGCGAGCAAGAGGCCGAAUCUGCACGUGUCUCUCAAUUCCAUGGUGGACAAGGUGGUGUUUGACCAGCAAAACAGGGCCGUCGGCGUCGUGUUUGAGAAGAACGGCGAGAUGCGGGAAGUGCGGGCGACCAAGGAGGUCGUCCUGUCGGCCGGCGCAGUGGCUUCUCCGGCCAUCCUCAUGCGGUCGGGCAUCGGGCCUCAAGAGGAGUUGCGCAAACUCAAGGCAAUCCAUAUAUAUAUAUAUAUUUAUAUACCGUAUGUGCCAAUUCUACUUCAUAUCUGGUUGCAGAUCCCCGUGGUGAAAGACGCCCCCGUCGGCAAGAACCUGCAAGACCACGUGGGCAUGAUUGCCAUGCAGUUCCUCGCGCCCAACGGCAGAGGCUUCCACUACCAAGAGAGUCAAUCCGAGUUUAUGAAGUUCAUGAGCACGGGGAGAGGUAAAAAGCAGAAGAGUACUGUACAUAUGAUAUUAAUCAUCAUUAUUAUCAAUUUUCGUGCAUCAUCAUCAUCAUUUGCAGGACCCUUCACCAGCUGCGGCGUCGAGGCCCUCGCCUUCCUCAACUCCAAGUACCAGGACCCCGCCGAGGACCACCCAGACCUGCAGUUCCACUUCAUCCCCAGCGGGAUCACGGCGGACCAGGGCCGGGCCAUCCGCAAGGCCAUGGGCUACACGGACCCCGUGUGGGAGACCUACUUCAAGCCGCUGAUGGACAAGGAGCUCUGGUCCGUGUUCGCCGUGCUGCUGAGGCCCGAGAGCGUGGGCCACGUGGCCCUGCGCUCCAGGGACUUUCGCGACGACCCCGUCAUCCACCCCAAUUACUUGCAGAGUCGCAAGGACGUGGACAGAGUAUUGUUUAUCACUAUUUCAUCAUCAUCAUCAGCCUUUCGACUCAUGCUGAAAAUGUCCAACACGACGGCGUUCCAACGCGUGGGGUCCAGGCCUUACGAGAAGCCGUUCCCGGGUUGUGAGGCCCACGUCCUCUUCUCCGACAACUACAUCGAGUGCUUCCUGCGCCAGGCCACACAGACCAUCUACCACCCGGUGGGCACGGCCAAGAUGGGGCCACGCACGGACCCGACGGCAGUGGUGGACCCCGAGCUCAGGGUGUACGGAGUGAAGGGACUGCGUGUAGUGGACGCCAGCAUCAUGCCCAAGAUCGUGUCGGGCAACACGAACGCACCGGUCGUCAUGAUUGCCGAGAAGGCGUCGGAUUUGAUGAAGCAAGCUGCCAGUUCCAGAGGCAAUGCCGUUUAA